UCUGCGCAGCCUGUGUACCGAGAAUUACAAAUAGUUCUUCUACGGCAGAGUUCCUUUUCAGUCCGUAUUAGUGUGACCAAGUGCUUUAAUACAUUACCAUUUGGGCACAAUUAUGAAAAAGGAUAUUAAAAUAGUUAUCAUCUCCGAAACAUAGCCCAAAUGUAUUCAACAAAUAAUAACCUACAUUACAAAACAUUCAAAAGCUGCUAGAUAACCGCCCAUGGGCGGGCAAAGGCAGUGCCAUCAGCAUCAGGACCCACGGUGGGACACUGUCUGAGAGGCAGUGUGGACCAGAGGCUGACAUGACUCGGUAUAUAUAUGGUUAAACUGGUUGCUUUUGGACGUUGAUUUGGGUCAGAACGACUUUUUAAUACAGUUAAGUCGGUUGGAGGUCUUUGAGAUGGAGCAGUGAAGGGAAAGCCAUGAUGCUGCGGGAGGUCCUGGCCAAACCCCAGCGACAAGCUGUACGGGGAGCUGGUUUCCUGUUUCAUGCCCAGUCCACCUCCUGCCUUUCCAUGACAGAGGAACUUUUCUUAGAUGCCGCAGAAUAUGGUAACAUUCCUGAAGUGAGGAGGAUGCUAGACGAACUGCCUGACCUCAAUGUCAACUGUGUAAAUUAUAUGGACCAGAAUGCACUGCAGCUGGCAGUUGCCAAUGAGCAUUUAGAGGUGACUAAGCUCCUACUUAGGAAGAAAGGCAUCGGCAGAAUAGGUGAUGCUUUGCUGUUAGCCAUCAGUAAAGGCUACAUCCUUAUAGUAGAAGCCAUCCUGAGCCACCAGGCCUUUGCAGACGGUCAGAGGCUGACUAGUAGUCCUAGCCAGGCAGAGACACAUGAUGACUUCUUUGCCUAUGAUGAGGAUGGCACACAUUUCUCCCACGACAUCACUCCCAUCAUCCUGGCUUCCCAGUGCCAUGAGUAUGAAAUCGUGAAUAUACUUCUUAUGAAGGGGGCCCGUAUAGAGCGGCCCCAUGACCCCUUCUGUCAGUGCAGAACUUGCAGUAAGCAGCAGAGGUAUGACUCUUUUAGACACUCACAGUCCCGCAUUAAUGCAUAUAAAGGACUGGCCAGUCCUGCGUAUCUGUCCCUCUCUAACGAAGACCCUAUGACGGCAGCUCUGGAGCUCAGCAACGAGCUUGCACGUCUGGCCAAUACCGAGGAAGAGUUUAAGAAUGAUUACAAGAAACUGUCCAUGCAGUGCAAAGACUUUGUGGUGGGACUCCUGGAUUUGUGUCGAAACACAGAGGAGGUGGAGGCCAUCCUAAAUGGGGACACCGAAUCAUGCCAAAGCUCUGAAACCUUUGACAGACAAAACCUUCUCAGGUUAAAACUUGCAAUAAAAUAUGACAUAAAAAAGUUUGUGGCACAUCCGACCUGCCAGCAGCAGCUCCUCUCCAUCUGGUACGAGAACUUGCCUGGGCUACGUCAGCAGUCCACUGCAGUUAAAAUCCUUCUCGCCCUUGGUGUAGCUGUUGGGUUGCCUGUCCUGGCCUUUACACACUGGAUAGCACCAUCAAGUAAGUUAGGGAAACUCAUGUGUGGACCUUUCCUGAAGUUUGUGGCCCAUGCAGCUUCCUUUAUGACAUUUCUUUGCCUACUGAUCCUGAACACAGCAGACCGCUUCGAGGGAACAUCGCUUCUACCUAACAUGACCACCCGCGAUCACCCUUUACAGUUGUUUCGUAUGAAGACCACCCCCUUCACUUGGAUGGAGAUUCUCAUCAUAUCCUGGGUCAUAGGUCAUGAGUAUAAAGAUGCUUUCCCCUCCCCUGCACCCAAUUCCUGGAAGAUCUGGGAAGAAUGUGAAGACAUUUGGUCACAGGACAUCCAGGAGUACAUCUCAGAACCCUGGAACCUUCUGGACUUUAGUAUUUUGGCCAUGUUUAUGUCUUCAUUCAUAGCCAGAUUAAUGGCUUUCUGGCAUGCACAUUCUGCCCAGUGUUAUGUUAACAAGCACUACACUGACCCGACCAACAUGACCUUGCCCUUUGAGAUCCAGUAUUUCCAGCUGGCUCGAAUCAACUGGAUGCCCUCAGACCCACAGCUCAUUUCUGAAGGCCUCUAUGCAGUUGCAGUUGUACUGAGUUUCUCUCGCAUAGCAUACAUCUUGCCUGCCAAUGAGAGCUUCGGCCCUUUGCAGAUUUCUCUGGGAAGAACAGUGAAAGACAUCUUUAAGUUCAUGGUGCUUUUUAUAACAGUUUUUGUGGCUUUCAUGGUGGGAAUGUUCAAUCUGUACUCGUCCUACUUCGGAGCCAAGCACAACCAUGCAUUUACAACGCUUGAGGAGAGCUUUAAAACAUUAUUUUGGGCCAUCUUUGGCCUGUCAGAAGUGAAGUCAGUGGUCAUUAACAUCGACCAUAAGUUCAUAGAGAACACUGGCUAUGUUCUGUAUGGGCUGUACAACAUCAUCAUGGUAAUUGUCUUGCUGAAUAUGCUCAUUGCCAUGUUCAACAGCUCCUUCCAAGAAAUUGAGGAUGAUGCUGAUGUUGAGUGGAAAUUCGCCAGGGCAAAGCUCUGGUUCUCAUACUUUGAGCAUGGCGGCACAUUGCCCGUGCCCUUCAACCUCGUACCCAGUCCCAAGUCUGUCACAUCCCUCUUGCUGGGGAUUAGGGAAUUUCUCUGGGAAGUACCUCAAAGCAAAAGCAAAGAAAACUCAAAUGAUGACAUGGAAUUUAAUAAGUUGAGAGAACAGGAAGAUCUGAUGGGAUCGUCAGUUUGUCCAACCCAUUACCAAAUGAUAAUGAAUCGCCUCAUCAAAAGAUACAUCUUAAAAGCACAAAGAAAUAAAAGCAAUUAUGACAUGAAUGAAGGGGAACUGAAAGAGAUCAAGCAGGAUAUCUCCAGUCUCCGCUUCGAACUGCUGGAGAGAGGGAACCUUGACAUGGAGACGCUGGCAGACGUCAUCAGGGAAAUGGGAGAAAGCAUGCACGUUCAGCAGAAAUGAGAGCACAAACAGGAGCUAGCUAUACUUUCAGAAAAAUGUAACUAUUACCAAACACACCACGCUCUUCUCAUUAUUGAUGUAUUCAGUAUCAAAUGGCCCUCAGGCAUCAAACUCGUUGUUCUUGUCCCUGUAUCUACACAGUUACCCACAUGGUGGCACUAACGGGAUUAUUUCCCCCGGGACACAGGCUCCACUAACUGCUAGCUUACAGUAUGAUGGUGCUGCCUGUUGCCAGCUGUUUAUAUGGUUUGAUUUAGGGGAGACUUUUUCAUCUUAAGUAGAAAGCUCAGAUAAGAAAUAAGCAUAUGUUCGG